AUGGAAGCAAACGAGGGAAUUAUGGGAUUUGAAGCCCCUGAUAUCAACGCAUUUGGUCAUUCAUUCAGGGAUUAUGAUGCUGAAAGCGAAAGGCAGAAAUCGGUGGAGGAGUUUUACAGACUGAACCAUAUUAACCAAACAUACGACUUUGUGAAGAAGAUGAGAGAAAAAUACUCAAAACUGGAUAGAAUAGAAAUGAGCAUUUGGGAAUGUUGUGAGAUGCUAAAUGAGGUGGUUGAUGAUAGUGAUCCCGAUCUUGAUGAGCCCCAAAUCGAGCAUUUGCUUCAAACUGCUGAGGCCAUUAGAAAAGAUUAUCCCAAUGAAGAUUGGCUACAUUUGACUGCCCUCAUCCACGAUCUUGGAAAAGUACUUCUCCUUCCUAGCUUUGGGGAGCUGCCUCAAUGGGCUGUUGUUGGUGACACAUUCCCUCUUGGAUGUGCCUUUGAUGAAUCCAUUGUUCACCAUAAGCAUUUUGAAGGCAAUCCAGACAGUCACAACCCAACAUACAACGGUAAAAACGGGAUUUACCAAGAAGGAUGCGGCUUAGAGAGCGUCGUUAUGUCGUGGGGGCACGACGACUACAUGUACUUGGUCGCCAAGGAAAACGGUACCACAUUGCCUUCUGCCGCGUUAUUCAUCGUCCGUUACCACUCGUUCUACCCAUUGCAUAGAGCUGGAGCUUAUACACACUUGAUGAAUAAGGAGGAUAAAGAGAAUCUGAAGUGGCUGCACAUAUUCAACAAAUAUGACUUGUAUAGCAAGAGCAAGAUUCGGGUUGAUGUGGAGAAAGUGAAACCCUACUAUCUCUCCCUUAUUGAAAAGUAUUUCCCGGCGAAAUUGAAAUGGUAA